AUGAGCAGCUUUGCAAGACGCAACGAGGGGAAUGAUGCCUUUAUUAUGAAUCACCAAAUGGCAGUGCCUGGAUCUUAUGGCCAACCAGAGAGCCAUGAGUUUAAACAAGAAAGCCACGAUUUCAACACACAUGGAUCCGGCUCAUAUCACUUUCCCCAGCAUUCCUUCAAUCCAUACGGUUCUCAAUUUGGGCAACCCUAUGGCCCACAGUCUAGCCUGUCUCCCGGUUUACAACAUCUGCAAUACACCUCGGAACAUUCGAUUCCAUCGAUGACAACUCCGGACGAUCCUAGGCUACACCAUUCGCCACAGUAUGUCACUCAAUCGCGAUAUCUUCAAGCAUCGAGGUAUCUGCCACGCGAUUCACUGGGUGAUGUAGAGAUUGAAAGCCAGGAAUCUCGCAACGAGGCGACAUUGCUGUCCGAGGCUGUAGUGCCUCCACUCAGCGGUUUCCCUGACGUGAAGGAGUUUGAUCAACUCAUGCAAAAGUGGGUGCUUUGUGAUAUGUCUCUCCUAUGUCUGAAGCUAAUCGAUUCUUCCAGCUACGUAGAGGAUCUCUCCAUCAAGAAGCAAGAUAAAGCAUUGAUUUAUGCUAAACGAGCCCGAAACAUCAGGACUGUACUGAUUGAUCCAAAGGAUACGGCGGUGGAGUCGGCUCAAUUUCGGUUUUGGGUCAAAAAAAUGUUCAAGCUACAAGCUGUGGGCAUUGGAGCAUCGGAUGGCAGGAAGAUGAUCUGCCAUGAAGGCAAACCGGUUGCAAUUCGAGAAAAAUUGUUCAAGAUUCUCACCAAGGCUCAUCAGCAGUGUCAACAUGGUGGUCGAGACAAGACUUCUGCGCAGGGUACCAAAAGAGCUGAUUUCUCGUUUUGUCAAGAUAUGCCCAACCUGCCAGGUACGCCGUGGAGGCUCGCGUUUGACGCCUCCCAAUUCACGAAGAAGUUCCCCCAGGCUCGAUAUGGUCCCUCGCUCUCCGAAGCUUCCAUCGCCCCCAAUCUCGCGGCGAGAAUCCACAUUUAG